ACAGCCAAUGAGGUUAACUUUGGUAUCUUCUUAAAAAUUCUCAGGAUGCUGAUUUCCAAACUAAAAGCUCAACAAAUGAGCUUUCAUGACUACAAAUACAGAUUGGCAAGAUCUACACUUGUGCUGAUUCCAUUGUUGGGGAUCCAUGAAUUUGUAUUUACCUUCAUCACCGAUGAACAAGUGGAAGGACUUUCAAGACAUAUAAGACUUUUCAUUCAGCUGACAAUGAGCUCAUUUCAUGGUUUUUUUGUAGCAAUUUUGUAUUGCUUUGCUAAUGGAGAGGUGAAAGCAGAGCUCCAGAAGCACUGGUCCCGCUUCCUGCUGGCAGAUCCCUUUGGCUGUAAACUCUGCUUUCUUGGGGAAAACAUAAAAUACCUCAGGAAAUGUUCACAGAAACAAAAAAGGCAGCACCUUAGCAGCAAACACAUGUGCCUGGAGGCAAGUGAGCUGCACAGAGGCAUGCAGCUCCAGCAGGUACUAGUAAAGCAGAGGACAGAUCUCAACCUAGAGCAAGGCUGUGCUCUCCCCUCUCAUCCACGGGCAAGCAUGUCAGACAGCAGCGAAGGAGAAGUCACCACUGGAGAGACAACUGAGGAAGUCUUUGAAGAAAGCGAGAUUUAG